AGUAUUAAUGUUUUUAUUGCUUCUCUUAGCAUUUGUUCAUCCAAUCCCUAUUUCAGAUUAAAUUCAACCUACAUUCCUUAACAAUCUUGAUACACCUGAAAAUUAACCCAAAUAAACCAAGGAAGUAUUCUUAUUAGAAAUUGCGGAUUAUUUCCAAGGUACCCCAUUUUAUAAUUUUUUGAGUAACUUAUUAUUUCUUAUUAAUUUAGAUUUAGAAAAUAAAGAUAAUGAAACAAAACGAAUAGUCAUUGCCACUGUUUUGUCAAUUGUACUAAUAGUCGUUUUGUGUGUGAUUAUCUAAUUUAUAUUGGAUAUAGCCAAAUAAUCCAAUAUCUAAUUAAGUAUUGAAAAGAAGCCAAACUUGUCUGAUUGAUGGGUUUUAUAUCGAUG